AGGGGACGGACGGACCGAGCGGCCAAAAGGGUCUUAAUACCACACUGUGACGUCGUAGGUUGUUUUGGCCAUACCAGGGAGAAAAAUAGCCGUGCGAUCCAAAAGAAGAAUUUUUUCUCCCAAAUCGAAAUCUUCUGGCGGCUCUCCCCGAUCGGCACCACGAGAAAUCACGAGAUAUUUGCGCCGCGAAUGCCAUGGAGAAGGAGGUGUGUGAAGAGAUGAGUCCGCCUCCUCAGCCUGUCGAUUUGCCAGUUGACACUCCGCCCUCUUCGUCCGAUCCCAGUGAGAAGCCUGCGAAAAAGGCGACACGACAAUGGGCCGCAUGGACUCGCCAAGAGGAGGAGAGUUUCUUCAAUGCUCUGCGCCAAGUAGGAAAAAAUUUUGAGAAGAUCACUCUACGUGUCCAGGGCAAAAACAAAGAUCAGGUCAGACAUUACUACUAUCGCCUUGUUAGACGCAUGAAGAAACUUCUGGGUCCUGGGUUCUCACUUGAUGCACGAAACUCCAAGGAUACCAUUGCUGCCAUGCUCCGCUGGUGGUCUCUUCUUGAGAAAUUUAGCUGCAGUGCUUCAAAGCUACAUCUGAAGCCUCGGAGAUUCAAAACAUUUGUAGAUGCAUUGGGAAAUCAACUGCUAAAAGACAGAAAAAGAGUGAGAAGAAAGCGUCCACAAGGGGGUACACACCUAUCUUCUUCAUCUCCAGUUCUCACCAAGACUCCAGGAAAUCAAUCUUUCGCAGUACAACUCUUGCCCGUGGAUGCCCAAAAUGGUAACAAAGGAGCCUCUUCUAAAGGAGUGUUUAUGAAACGGGUUGCAGAACCUAAUUGUAACAAGUCAGGAGUAAUCAAAGGAGACCUCUCUGCCACAAGAACUGUGAGACAAAAAAGGAGAGCAGGGGGUGCUGGUGCGUGUGCAGCAUAUAAGAAAUGGGAGAGAGCUGCCAUGGCUGGUGUUUCUUUAGUUGCUGAUGCAGCUGAGGAGCUUGAACGCAAUAUGGUGACCCAGAACUUGUCCUGUAAUGCGGAUGCAACAACGCUAGCUUCAUCACCAAACAAUGUAUCUACUGUUGAUGCAGAUAUGGGCACAAAUCAUAUGAAAGAAGGAGAUCUGCAAGCACCUUCAAAGCUGAAGCUGCAGUUAUUUCCCAUAAAUGAAGCCACACGAAAGGCAUUGGAGAAGGAUGAUCAUAAUCCACAUCUGGAGCUCACAUUAAGUUCCAGGAAAAAAAUGUCUUCUGUUUUAGAACAUCUGACUCGCAAGUGGGGCAACUCAAACAUUGCAUGUGGAGAGCUAGUGCUUUUCCCAUAUUGUGCCCAUCAAGAGGAUUUAGCUACCUAUCAGAGAUGGACAACACGAGAUACUGUUGCUGUGGCUGACGUCUUUCUUUCGGUGAAUAGCCCCUCUAUUUUCCGAUUAAGGUAUGGUUGGUUCUCCCUUGCUGAGCUCGAGGCAGGACUAAGUGAAAUAUCAUUAACCCGCUUUGAGAAUUGCAUGAUACCAGAAGACGUCCAGGUCAGAUCUUCAGAGGCCUGUGUGCAAAAGGAUGGCACUUUACCCAGUGACUUCACUUCUGAGCGAUCAUCAACUAACUCAAAAGAUCAGUCGGCAUUACUGCUUGGUACACCGUCUAUUACAGGCAAGAAUGCUGAGGAAGAGCCUUACAGUAAUACCUCUCCCUCUCAGUCUGUGGAUCACAAUCAAGAACAAGUUCCUGCAAACCAAGCUUUUGAGGUUGAUCCUCAGAUUGAUUAUCUUGCAAUACCAGAACUAGAUUGGGCAGAUACCCUUACUGAUAUCAGUGUUGGAUACUUACUGACAGAAGCAUCUAAGGCUGCUAAUUUAGAUUGUGAAGUGACCUCUAUUGCCAAAAAUGCUCUUUUCCACGAGAAUCCAUGCAGCUGUGACUCGUUUGAUGCUGCUGUUGCCUUACAUGCUUCUCGAUAUCAAGCGGCAGAACAGCCAGCUCAUACAUCACAUUCCACUAUCUGGGGUGCAGAAGAAGCAUGUGAUGAGUUCAGUUUUAUGCCAGCCACAGCUAGGAAGCAAGAAGGUUUGAACACUUCAGCUAGCAGCCCUCCUGAUAGCGACAAUGAAGUUCACUCUUCAAAUUCAGAAGGGUUUCACGGUUUUCUUCAGGACUUGGCUGGAGGAGAUACUCCUGGUAAUCCUUGUGCUGAUGAUGCGAAGGCUAUGGAAGAACUUUGUGCCAGAUCGCUGCCUCAAAGUGACAACGAUUUUGGAUUGAGAGAUCAGCCUCUAGAUGACAUAUUCUGGCACGAUUCACUUGGACCACUAGACUUGGAUAUACCACCAAUAAGAUCCCUAGCUGAUGAGUUCAUCUUAGGAGACAGUCAAAAUAGUUGGAGUCGGAUGAUGGAAAAUAGCAUGGAUGCAUUUCGAAACAUGUCGUUCUUCGCGUCCGAUAACAACGACUCGGUUCUUCCACCCAUCAUGUAGAGUUGUGGAUGCUGGCUAUGUUUGGCUAGGAAGGAUACUGCAAAUCAGGCAUCCCGCCGAGGAGGAGGCUUUAUAUUGUCCAAGCGGGCUGCUUGUUGCUAAUACAACAUAUGCGGACUUGCUGUGUCUUUGCAGUCAAGAGGGACGCAUGUUGUUGUAAGGCUAUAACAUAAAAUCGUGUACUAUGUAAAUCGGGUUGUUCCUGUACAAAAGGCACAUACAAGCGCUUGGUUACAAUAAAGCCUCUUCAUCCUAAUAUUGCGAAAA